AGCAGACACAGAGAUCCGGCAACUCUAUUGUCUUCUCCCUUUUGGCUCAAUCAAUUCAACUACUCUUUACCUAUCCAUGCCCAUUUCGAUUCUCACAGAACCGUCUCUAUCAUUCAUGAAAAAGAAGUUCCCUCGUUGACGCUUUCGAAGUUCUCAGGAGUAGCAGACACAGAGAUCUGACAUGGGUCAGGCCUUUCGCAAACUCUUCGAUGUUUUCUUCGGUAAUACCGAGAUGAGGGUUGUGAUGCUUGGCUUGGAUGCUGCUGGUAAAACGACUAUACUGUACAAACUGCACAUUGGAGAAGUUUUGUCAACUGUCCCAACGAUUGGUUUUAACGUAGAGAAAGUUCAGUAUAAGAAUGUGAUCUUCACUGUGUGGGAUGUAGGUGGGCAGGAGAAACUAAGGCCACUCUGGAGGCAUUAUUUUAACAAUACAGAUGGACUGAUUUAUGUUGUUGAUUCCUUGGACAGAGAGAGAAUUGGAAAAGCAAAGCAGGAGUUUCAGGCCAUCAUCAGGGAUCCCUUCAUGUUGAAUAGUGUGAUAUUGGUCUUCGCGAACAAACAGGACAUGAGAGGAGCAAUGACUCCUAUGGAGGUUUGCGAAGGGCUAGGUCUAUAUGAUCUGAAGAACAGAAUAUGGCAUAUACAAGGGACUUGUGCUCUUAAAGGAGAUGGCCUUUAUGAGGGUUUGGACUGGUUGGCAAGUACUCUCAAAGAAUUAAAAGCCACUGGACGGGCCACUUCUGCAAGCACUUCCUCUUUCUAAACCAAUCCCUCCCUGGUCUAUGGCAGCUUGUGUUAUUGUUCCUUCUGAUGGUUGGGGUAAGCAGGAGAGCCUAUGAUCAAGCACUAAAAACUCGGAAAAGUUCACUUGAUUUGGUUUUAUUGCUUAUAAAGCUAAUGAAAUUCUGUGUGCUUACUCUUGGUGGCUUCACCUUUUUAUACACUCAUUUGUAUUUUGAUCGUUAGAAUUAUUGAGAUGUGGAGCUAACCAAUUUGAUGACAUUGAUUGGCCCUUGGGGGAAAUCAGUACACGGAGCAUUUGUUGCAGGUUUUCCCUUGUAUUAUAUUUAGAAUGGAUGUUAAUCUUUUGGGUUUCAAUGUCAUGGAUUUAGUUUUG